CUACAAGAAAACGAGAAAAAAGGAAAAACGCGGUUUUCCUUGACAGUUGAGUUGGGUGAGGCAUUUCCACAAACACUUGGGCUGCUCGCUGAAAACCGCCAACAAAAUGCUGCGCAUUCAAACUUGUCUCCCGUCGAUACUACAUAUUUCCCCUCUGCACCGCACCCGCACUCUAAACUCUCUUCCUUGCUACGCUACUUCGAGAAAACCCGAUUCGGAGUCCCGCCUCAAAGCUCGCUCCAAUCCCAAACCGAAAUCUCAGCGCCCAAAGACCGAAACUUCUGAAGACGAGGGUGACGAGCCAGGCGAGACGUUUCCAGCGACGAUUCCGAGAAAGCCCCGGCGCGGGCGCAGAAGCGAAGCGGCGGCGGUCGAAGAUUACGUGCGGGAGUCACUCGAUCGGACGUUUGCGUCGAUCAGAGAGCAGAACCCAGAAAUUGUUGAGAAGAAAGAUGGAGUAAUGAAGAGGAAAGUGGACGAUGAUGGGGAGGAUGAUGAGGAUGAGCGUUUUGGAAGUGAGAAGAGCAUGGUGGUUGAGGAGGAGAGCAAGGAUUGGCCGUUGGAUGCCGAUGUGGGGUGGGGGAUUCGGGCUUCGGAGUACUUCGAGAACCACCCGAUUCGAAACGUAGUGGGUGAAAAUGGGGUUGAGAUUGAUUGGGAAGGCGAGGUUGAAGACAAUUGGGUGAAGGAGAUCAAUUGCUUGGAGUGGGAGAGCUUUGCUUUUCACCCAAGUCCUCUUCUCGUUCUUGUUUUUGAGAGGUACAACAGAGCAAGUGAGAAUUGGAAGGCGUUGAAGGAGCUCGAAAAGGCGGUCAAGGUCUAUUGGAAUGCCAAAGAUCGAUUGCCUCCUCGGUCGGUUAAGAUAGACAUCAACAUUGAGAGAGAUUUGGCUUAUGCUCUUAAAGUUAGAGACUGUCCUCAGAUUUUGUUUGUACGAGGAAACAGGAUCUUGUACAGAGAGAAAGAUAUUCGGACUGCAGAAGAAUUGGUUCCGAUGAUCGCGCAUUUCUACUACAAUGCAAAGAGGCCAUCCUGGAUUGAUGUGAAUGAGUUAUCUUCGCCUUACUAAUGGCAUUCUGGCCUCAUGCAUCAGAUUAUGCGCUGGUGAGAUCAUUGGUUUACUUAGAAGUUUGAAGCAUGGAGCACGAUCAAAAGUAGGUUGCGUUUGCAGUUCACAACGGAGUAUGCGAAGAAUAGGUGAGCGUCUUAUGUGUGUGUAGCAUCAUAGGACUCUGUAGUAAUUUACUAACGAGGAAAACUGCAAUGGCGUUAGCUGGUGUGUCUGGUUACCGUGGAAAUGAUAAAAGAUUAAGCAUGCAUGGGAAGUGUAUAAGAUGCAGCAAACGCAAUAAGAUCAUUCCCCUUUAUGUAACUCUUGCAAUGGCUUUUGCCUUGUUGUAAUCCAACCACAACUGAAACUUAUACAGUAUCGAUAAAUGUUUGUUCA